CAGACUUCUCAAGGACGUUUAGGAUCCCCUUAAGAUUUUAUCCGGGUGUGCAAAUCCCGAGAAUGUUACGAGAACAAACACCCUGGGACGUUAAAUCACUCGCUCGUGCAAGCAAUCGUAGAUGGCGAAGAUGACCAAGAUGGAGUUUCGCGCUCAAUCCAGAAUUGCCCGCUUUCCAUCCAAUCCUAUACACACCGGAAUUUGGAGAAACAUGAAGUAACAGAAAGCGGUCCAUUGUUGCCCCGGAGGGCUUUCUGGAGGCAAAAGACCUGGUGACACGGGAGAAAAUACGGCAUGGAUUUCCCGAAACGAGAAUGGAGUCAAAGGCUUAGUCUUCGCGGUAGCCGAAGAGCUUACGAGGGCGAGAUCGGGCCCAAAACGAUAUCUGGCGCCAGGACCACCAGGAGAUGGGCCAGCCUAAGGCAACACGUGAGCAGCGGCAAUGACGGCGGCAAACCCCGGGUCGAACUACUGUUCGACACGUCGGGUUCCAAAUCUUCGACGCCGUCUUCUCAACCGCACACGCCUAAUACACCAAAAACACCGCACACUCCACCAAUUAAGAAGUCCAAUUGGGAGGUCAUCGAGCACUUCACCGGCGCGCCACGACCCUCCAUCAUUACGGUGGCCAGAGGCUCGGAGGUAGGCAUGGCGCCGACGACCGGAAGGGAAUCCAUAACGGAAGUGACGGCGAACGCAGGAAUUACGCAGCGCACGCCGAAAUGCGCUCUGAGCAGGUUCCUGAGCUCUUUAUGCGGCUCUCAUCGCUUCAAGAAUCUGCAGGUUGAAAUGCUGUAUCAACGCUACUUCCUACGCAUGAAUCAAAGUAAUAUGACACACGUGCUCUUUCUACUAGUCGGUUUGGCGUUAGCACUAGGCCUACUACUUGUUGCGAAAUUGAUGCAGACCGAUCAGCCGCUCUUCACGCUUUUACAGAGACCUGAAAACUUCUCCCUAGCUGUCACUCUAGUGACUUGUAUCGCUGUUUACAUCGUUUUGCUGGCAGCCAUCUCCAGACCGGGAAUGAACGAGAUAUGGCUCGCGGCUGUCAGCGGUGCGGUCCUGAUCACCUUGCUGGCCCUUCAGGUGACCUUGAGCAUUCAUCUGGCCCGCCUGCACGAGGUGAGCCGCGACGAUGCCGACGACUCGUCGCCCUUCUUCAGACAUCCUCGAGCUGGUGGACCUCUCGCCGCCGCUUUGGCGGUUUGCUUCUUCAUCUACAUGGCCUACGCUCUUCUGCCGAUCAGGCUCAGGCACGCCUGCAUCGCCGGCAUCGUCUUCUCGGCCGCUCAUCUCGUCGGAGCCUUCCUGCUUUACCCAGAUUAUCCAUCCAUGAUAGCGCACCUCUUGAGUUCAAUCGUGGUGGUCGGUGGAACAAACGUGGCCGGCGCACUAACACAUCACCCCCGGGAAUUGGCGCAAAGACAGGCCUUCCUCGAAACCCGACAAUGCGUUGAAGCACGUCUGACCACGCAGCGGGAGAAUCAGCAACAGGAAAGGCUUCUGCUCAGCGUAUUACCCAGACAUGUAGCCAUGGAAAUGAAAGCUGAUAUAGCAGGAAAACCAAAGGAUACGAUGUUUCACAAAAUUUAUAUUCAGAGACACGACAACGUGAGCAUUCUAUUCGCCGAUAUUUGUGGAUUUACUUCGCUCUCCGAUCAAUGCACUGCCGAAGAGCUCGUCAGAUUGCUCAACGAACUUUUUGCACGGUUCGACAGGCUAGCAGCUGAGCACCACUGCCUCAGGAUAAAGCUUCUCGGAGACUGUUAUUAUUGCGUUUCCGGACUUCCGGAACCACGACCUGAUCACGCUCACUGUUGCGUAGAAAUGGGAUUGGACAUGAUCGAUGCAAUAACAUUGGUUCGCGAAGUGAUGGCCGUAAACGUGAAUAUGAGAGUCGGCAUCCACACGGGCCGGGUUCACUGUGGGGUUCUCGGUCUAAGAAAAUGGCAGUUCGAUGUCUGGAGCAACGACGUGACUCUAGCCAAUUACAUGGAAAGCGGAGGGAUACCCGGACGCGUGCACAUCACGAAAGAGACUUUAGACUGCUUGGGUGGAUAUUACGAGGUCGAGGAGGGCCGUGGAGGCGAGAGGAACGCGUAUUUAAAGGACCACAAUAUCAGAACCUACUUAAUUGUCCCUGGAGACACGUUCAAGGACAACAUAACUAGCUCCGGGAUGCGAAAGAGCUUCCCGGCGAAUGGUAAUGUGUCCAAAGAGAUGAGGGUUAUGGGUCACGGCUCGCAACACGGGAAACAAACCAGUAGAUUAGGCUUCGGCGAAAUCAUCGAGGGCGAAAAGGACCCCGAAGAUGAGGUGAAUGAAUAUCUGAUGCGAGCAAUCGAUGCUAGAAGUAUAGAUCGAUUAAGAGCGGAACAUUGUACGCCCUUUAUACUGAAAUUUCGAAGACCGGAUGUCGAGGAAAAGUACUCGCGCGAGAGGGACAGAAUGCUCUCAGCUUAUUUUGUGUGCUCCGGUUUCGUCUACAUGGUCGUUGUGGUAGCAAUCGCCAUCACCCUCGCCAGGAGCGUAUACUUUUACGUCUGCACCGCGAUUAGCAUACUGGUGAUAGCCUUGGUCAAUGCAAUUUUAUUCACGGAAAAAAACGAGAGAGUACCGCAAUGGGUGAGAAGCACGGCCUUACAGAUCUUCGAGAACCGCAUCGUCGCGCAAAGCAUCGCGUCCAUCGUCGUUUUCCUGACAUUCAUCACGGUAUUGUCACCACUGGUCACGCUGGAAGGAAGCGAGGCUUGCGCCAGCAAUAACACUUUGCCUCUCGCCGAAUGGCUGGACGAGAAUUCCACCGUGCAAAGAAUACCGACGAGAAGUAACGAUAGCGACAUAUGUCAUUACAUUCUUUUCUGCGAUCUGUUUCCGGUUCUGGUGAUGUUAGUGAUGGUGACAUGCGCGGUGUACCAGAUCCUAACGUUGGUCUUUAAAGUAACCGUAUUGAGCAUCGUCGUGAUUUUUUAUCUCGGGGUCAGCAUUGACCAGGCACUAAAUGAGGACGACGUCGAGCCCGUCGGAAGAUGGCUUGCGGGCGUUCUUGUGGUUUUCUUCAUGGCCUGCUUAGUGGCACACUCCCAACACACGGAAGCGACUUACAGAUUAGACUUCCUGUGGAAGUUGCAAGCGACCGAGGAGAAAGAGGAAAUGGAACACUUGAAAGCCUACAACCAGAAACUGCUCGCGAACAUACUUCCGGAACACGUGGCCGCCCACUUCCUGUCUACUGUCAAUUCAGACGAGUUGUACCACGAACAAUGCGACUUUGUGUGCAUUAUGUUCGCCUCGAUUCCGAACUUUUCGGAGUUCUACGUCGAGCUCGAAGCGAAUAACGAGGGCGUGGAAUGCCUCAGGCUUCUCAACGAGAUCAUCGCUGACUUUGACGAGUUACUCGCUGAGGAACAGUUCAAGUACAUUGAAAAGAUCAAGAGCACGGGUGCCACAUACAUGGCCGCUUCGGGCUUAACGAAAAGCACCUGCGACAUGCGGGAUUUCAAGCACGUAGUCGCUAUGGCGGAUUACGCUCUGAGAAUCCGCGAGCAGCUGGCCUAUGUCAAUGAACACAGCUUUAAUAACUUCCGCAUGCGUGUGGGCAUCAACAUCGGACCGGUGGUCGCCGGCGUGAUCGGGGCCAGGAAACCGCAGUACGACAUUUGGGGCAACGCCGUGAAUGUGGCCUCCAGGAUGGAUUCGACGGGCGUGUUGGACGGGAUUCAAGUCACCCAGGAGGUGCACGAUAUCCUGGUCACCAAAGGAUACCCGCUCACCUGUCGUGGGACGAUCCAGGUAAAAGGGAAAGGAAGUAUGGUGACGUACUUCCUGGACGGCCCAAAGGAUAUUGCGAAACCCAAUCAGGUGGAUGUCACCAGGACGAAUUCCAACAACAACGACGCCACAGACAAAACAACGGUCAACAACACCAGCAACGGGACUGUCUGAUUGGUGGGAAUGCUUGAGCAAGAAUUCGCGGCGAAAGACGCGUCACACCGACGAUAGAAAGUACCAAUUAUUUUAUUCCUGCAUCAUUUAAGACUUCUUCCAUGUGCUGGAGCCGAAAAAAAAAGAAAAAAACGGCCGCGUAAUCUCUAAAGCGCGUUUGCACAAAUUGGAGCCGUCGAAUGCCGUAUAAACGACGUCAAUCGACCUCUGAUACACAAACGGAAUAAUUGCGCCACUAGUUUUAAGAGUCUCAAGGCGAACGAAGCGUGAUCGACGCUCGCAAAAGUAAUCCUGGUAUUUUGGUGCGGAUUUCAAAAGCGAGUUAUGUUUUUCGUUCACUCACUUUUGAAUUAACCGGAUUAAAGGAACUGUAAAAACCGCGUAUGAAGCGCGAACUGUCAAAAACAGUUCGACCAAUUAAUAAAAUCUCGAAAUCAAAAUAUUUUUUGCAAACCUUCAAAACUUGUGCAACGAAAUAUUAU